UGGUUUGGUACUGACCUGUGAGAUGUGUGUUUGGUACUGCUGGACCUGUGAGAGCUGUGGUUUGGUUCUGUUGGAUCUGUGUGAGCUGUGGUUUGGUACUGACCUGUGAGAUGUGUGUUUGGUACUGCUGGACCUGUGAGAACUGUGGUUUGGUUCUGUUGGAUCUGUGUGAGCUGUGGUUUGGUACUUCUGGACCUGUGGGAUGCGUAGGAGGACUGGCGGGGGUAAUCUAUCUGGAAAGAAACAGCGACUGACACCUAGAAAGAGAGAGAGAGAGAGAUGAGAGGAAGAGAGAUGACAGAGGAGAGAAAGAAGAGAAGCUGACUAACUUCCGCGUCUUAGAACAGACUGAGUUACUAGGUCGUUCUGGAUGUGACUGCCUUCCACAUUACAAAUAACAGAUCGAGCUAGAGGGUGUAACUGUGUGUGUGAGAGUGAGUGCUGGGGCAGUGUUAUGUGUGUGUAAAAGAAGAGGGAGCGUUGAGGGCUUUCAGCUGGUGCUCAGAGCCUGAGGAGAGACGGAUGAAGGCGGAGAGGAAGGCUGAGGGAUGACUGGAUGAAGCUAACGCUGGAACCCUGGAUCCUGGAGGGGCUACCACUGUUACUCCCUAAAAAAAGGCACGAAGGCUGGGGAAGAAUUGGUGGUCUGCAGAACCUGAAACUCAUGCCCUGGGCUAAACCGGCAUCCAGGAUUUGGGCUCCGGAGUUCUAAGACAUUGGGAUGAUUUCAGAGGAGGACCCCAGUGUGGGAUGAGGCUGCCAAGAGGGUGAGGGUGGGUGUCGCGCUCCACCUACCCUAAAUCUGACCGGUGUGUCGGCCACUCCUCCCUGUCGCCAUGCAAGUGCUUCACAUGGUCAGGGAGCUGGUGUCUCCUUCCCGACGCCGUGCAGCCACCAGAUACGGAGCGUCUGAUACGGAGCAGGAUGCUGCGCUGAGGCUUGAACAGGAGAGGGCCGAGAUCGUCUCCAAAUAUGAAAAGGGAAAAGAAGGUGCUACUGUGGAAGACUGGGAGGAUGCAAGUUUGCUCCUGUACAAAGUCAUCGACCGCUUCGGCUUUGUGCAUGAGAAUGAGCUUCCAUCCUAUGACUCAGUGGAAGAGAAGAAUAAACAAAUAGAAAUUGAAAGGACCACAAAAUGGCUGAAAAUGCUGAAGAGUUGGGACAAGUACAAGAACAGUGAGAAGCUGAUGAGGCGGAUCUAUAAAGGAAUUCCCCUACAGCUCCGGGGAGAGGUGUGGUGUCUACUCCUCGACAUUCCCAAAAUAAAGGAGGAGAAGAAAGACUUCUAUGAGAAGUUGAAGCUCAGCGCACGGGGUCUGUCUCCUGACAUCCGUCAGAUUGACCUGGACGUGAACCGAACAUACCGGGACCACAUCAUGUUCAUGCACCGCUACGAUGUCAAGCAGCAGGCUCUGUUCCACGUCCUAACAGCCUACUCUAUAUACAACACUGAUGUGGGAUACUGUCAGGGCAUGAGUCAGAUCACUGCUCUGCUGCUCAUCUAUAUGAAUGAAGAAGAUGCCUUCUGGGCCCUGGUCAAGCUACUGUCUGGACAGAGACACGCCAUGCACGGUUUUUUCAUCCCCGGCUUUCCCAAAUUGAUGCGCUUCCAGGAGCACCAUGACCGCAUCCUGAAGAAGAUGCUGCCCAAGCUGAAGUCCCACCUGGACUCACAGGAGGUGUUCAGCAGCCUCUACACUAUGAAGUGGUUCUUUCAGUGUUUUCUAGACAGGACUCCCUUCACACUGACACUGAGGAUCUGGGACAUCUAUAUCCUAGAAGGGGAGAGAGUUCUGACCGCUAUGUCGUACACUGUCCUCAAGCUGCACAAGAAGCACCUGCUUAGGUUGUCCAUGGAGGAGCUAGUGGAGUUUCUGCAGGUGACUCUGGCUAAGGACUUCUUCUUUGAGGAUGAUGUUGUGAUUGAGCAGCUACAGAACAACAUGGUGGAGCUCAGGAAGGCCAAACUGGAACUGCCCGCACCAGGUAAAGACGACGAGAAACCCAAGAAACCUCUUGGGCAGCUUCCCCCCGAGGCGGCUGCGGCGUUCCACCACAACCAUGUGGCGAAUGGGCAGAGCCACUCCCAGCCGGCUGAGCCCCCGCCCCCGAAGGCACCCAGCUCCUCCCCCGAGCGCAAGCGGGACAACCGGCCCCCUAGCCGGGCACGCAGGGACUCGCUGGAGAAGUUCGCUGAGAAAAGGGAGGAGAAAAAAAGGGAGAAGAGGGAGGCCAGGUCGCGGGGGUCUGGAGAGAUCCCCGUGUCCCUCGACCCCCUCUACAAACAGCCCCAGGUCCCAAAUCUGGCCACCCCGGAGAGCGGGUCCACCCCCACGCCGAUACCGUCCCCGGUGCCCACGCCCUCGCCACGCUUCAACCCUCCCGCAGCGGCGGUGGACAGAGGGAAGCCCCAGGGCAACCACCACACCAACGUCGGCCUCAACAGCUCCCGCCGAGACGUGGCCCCGCGUUGGGUCAAGCCCUCCGAGACCAAGCUGGAGGCGGUCAAGGCGGCCGCGGCUCGGGAGGUCCAGCUGAACUGCUCCCCGGCCCCCUCCAGCCCCGACGACGUCAAGCUGCUCCACCGCCGGCCACGCUCCAGGGGCUUCACCGCAGGCUCCAACCGUGGCUCCAACGCCUCCCAGUAUGACAACGUGCCCGGGGAGCAGGACUUGGCGGAGGCCCCGGAGCCGGAGCGGCCGCACUCGCAGGUGAGGCCCAGCGAGGUUCCCCCCGGCCUGACAGGGGGAACGGUCUCUGUGGGGCCGGCAGCCAGACCGGCCAAACACCACACCCCCGGGUCCCUCAACAGCCCGGCGGCGGCGGGUAGGCCCUACGUCCACCCCAACGCACAGAGCCAGUACCAGUACCACACACCGCCCCAGCAGUACUCACCCGGCCAGCCCUCUGCGGCGCCGCUCCACUAUCCCCCCUACAACAUGAGCCUGGAACAGAGGGGACUGGGGGACGACCGGAAAUACCCCCCCCUGUCCUCCAGAGGGGCUCCAUCCAUGGGCCUGGUGUAUGGGGAGCGGGCGUACGCUACCACACAGCGGCCCAGCCUGUCCCCAGACAAGGGCCUCAUGAACAACACCUACGCCACCUACCGCAGGCAGCCUUUCAGCCCGGCCCAGCCCACCCGGACCACUGAAGCCCCCAUGCAACUCCCCGCCAUGCAGCAGAUCAACAGCCCUGCCGCUAACUCCUCUGCGUACCUCCGCCAGCCCACCCGGCUCACCUCCCCUGUGGCCGCCCAUUCCGGGUACCCUCCCGUUGACUACAAUAGGUACGAGGGGUCCAGGAGAGGGGAGCAGACCCUGCCCUACUUCCCUGAGGGGCCAGGCCGGGUAGGAGCAGUGGAGGUGCAGCCGUGGGGGCAGCAGGAGGGUGGUGACGCGGCCCGUUCCCCCGGCGGUUUGCCCCGCUCCCCCAGCUUCCAGAGGGCCCAGAUGUCCCCCGUUCAGGAGUUCACCUUCCCGACCGGCCCUGAUGGCCUUGUUCACUACAGGACACCGUUUCAGGGGCAGCAUCCAACCAUAAGGCAGCAGCUCCCCCCUCUGUUUGGAGGACCACACUACAGGCAUGCACCAGAGGCUUUUGCCAUGCAGGAGUCUAUGUUGCUUUGAGAGGAGAGGCAAGUGUUCCCAAGACACUUGAGAUGUUAGUCACUGACACUGGCAGGAGAAGAAAACGGCCGGGUUGUUGGCGUGUUGGAAGGAGUUUGUUUGUUUUAUUUGUGCUUUUUGUGUGAUGUCCCGACCUUAACACCCAUUCAGCAUCAUGAACGCUGCAGGACACCACAUCUUCUGACCUUUUUACUGACCCCCCCUUAAAAACCCAAUGAAGAGUUAUUUUAUUUUUUGAAUGUUAAUUAACGACAGGCGUUUAAAAAGUAUGUAUAAAUAUGUAUUUCUCUCUUUCAGAGCUUAAAUGUACAGCAAAAGAUUUUUGGUAACAUACAGAGUUAUUUAAAAACUAUCCAUAAAUAGGAGAAUUUUCUCCUGGCGAGACAAACUCAGUGAUAUUUUUUUUUUCUGUUCCAUCUUUAUUUUUUUUUUUAUCAAUUCGUUCCCAAGAUAUCUACUUUAGAGUUCCAUUAACGCUACGAUUGUGAAUAUCUUUUGUUCAGAGAUUAAAUGAAAUAAUAGAAUUACACAGAAGUGUCAAAUACAGCAGCUAUUUGAAUCACCACCACUGUAUAACGAGUUGCUCACUUUUGCAACGACUAAUUUCAAAUAAUCACCGUACAUUUUUGUAACCCAAAUGCUGUGUGUACUGUAUGUUUGGGUAUUGAGGCCAGUGUAAACCCCAUAUCAAGACUACAUUUUGUUCUCCCCAUUUUCUCCCCCUAAAGUACUGAAUAACUUCCCUCUAAUGACUUGAUUAUUAAUGGUAAAAUAUGGUUUAAUAUUAAUAGUACAGUAUUUUUAUGUUACCAAAAGUGAUUGUCAACUGCAACUAGUUUAUAUAGAGGGGAAUGUAUACCAGUAUUGAAGUACUGUACUUACAGCAAUAUGCUCCAAUCACAAGCUCAUAUUUCUAUCAAGUCAUAUUACAGUCUUAUAUUUUGCACCAGACAACUUCACUACUGUUCAGUUACCAGCACUUCCACAAUUAUAUAAAAUAAUUUCUUGCACACAUGAAUACUUACUGAUGAAUACAUACAUAUUUCUUGUAUGAAAUUCAUACCUUUCAAUACUUAUUCAAACACCUACUUCUUUGCUGGUUUCUAAUACUCUAUGUACUUGUUUGACACAACACGUUCAUUCUCCAACCGUAUACUGAUACUGUUUUAUUUGAACAUGCAUUCUUUAAGAAGUCAUUAAUUUUUUUGUUAAAUAACUAAUUGUUAAACGGUUUAUCAGAUAAUUCUUCAGAGAUUUUGCUUUAAUUAAACAACUUGGGGUGAAAAUCUC